CGAACAACAACCAGUACCACGUGAGAGGCUGCUGUCCAAAGCGAUGUCACAGGUCAUGGAGCUCAUCAACCAGGCGCACAUGUCGCUUGACGCAGCAGAGAAAGUGGAUCUGUUGCAGCGGGUGAAGGAGAUUGUGCUGGAGCGCUCGCCAAACCUCGGCCGGUCCAUUCCCGAGUACAAAGCGCUGGUUGACGCCAUCGUUCCGUUUUCGAACGAGCGCAAUGUGGCGGUGGCCAAGUUUGUCCUGCAGUUCAUCGAAGACAUCAUGGAGCCUGCCAAGAAUCCCCAGAUCAAAACCCCGACGAUUCUCGCCCUGACGCGGCACGCGCUGUUCGAGGCGUGUUCCAGCGUCCUCACCAUCAACGCCGGGCCGUCGUCGAUUCGCAAAGCGCUCAGAGUCCUCGACAAGUUCAUUCCUGGCACGAUCUACCAUAUCUGGGCCCAACCUCUCGACACGUAUGACCCGCAAGUGUGGGACUUUCUCGUGCGCACAAUCCAUGUCAUGCGGCAGACGCUGCACCAGUUCCAGGACGCCGAGGCCGUGCUAUGGACCAUCCGCAUUCUGGAGAGUUGCGCGCUGCACUUUUCGCACGCGUUCGACUCGGUGUAUCGCGAUCCGGCGCGGUCAAACGUCCAGCCGGACGCGGUCCACCUCGGCACAAUCGCGUCGAACCACGCGUUUGUUCGUGUCGACGUUGUCAACGACCUGAGCUUGUCCAUCGUCCAGAGCCUCGUGGAUCGAUUGCAAGACAACCCGAUGCUCGCAUUUGGCCGACGGGAGUUUGUGACGUUGGUGCACUCGCUAAGCCUCGUCGCCGCGCUUCGCCCGGGCUUCGUGUCGAUUGUCGUGCCCGCGCUACUCGGCAUCUCUGGCGUCAUCGACCGCCUCGCGCCCGCCGCGCAGGACACGAUCGUUCACACCGUCAAGGCCAAUCUGCUCAAACUGUUGCACCUGCCGUCCACCGAGCCCCACCGGAACGCCAUCACGUCGUUCCUCAUGACACUCGACUUGUCGGAGCGCGCGUUCAAAGCCUUGACCAAGUCCAAGGAGCGCCGCCGCAAGUACGUGUCGGCGCCCAGUGACGCAUCCCUGAAGAAUGUCAAGCGCGACGCGGCCAAGAUGACGUUCGAGUCGCCGCUCGCCAAGCGCUCCAAGCGGGAACCCGGGGCGUCUGUCGAGUCCGUGGCCAACAUGUCCACCGAGUCUGUGAUUCGACUUGUGCUCGACAACAUGGCGCAUCUGCCGAGCGUGCCCCCCCUGAACGGCGCAUCGAAACUCGAGCUCCUGCACACCCCCAGUGGCCUCAAGGACCGGAUACACAACAUAUUGUCGCGGCUGGCGACGCCGUCGUCCGUGCUGGCCAUCAAGGAGGCCGCCGCCAAGAAGAACGUGCGGGAUCCGCGGCUGCGCGGCCGCGAUAACAAGAAGGAGGUCCCGCCGUCGCUCGUCCGGGUGUUCGACGACGACGCGCUCGAGGCUGUGACCGACAUGAUCUGCGCCAACGCCAAGACACUCGUGGAGCCCAUCAUCGCCGUGACCAAGGACGAUGUGACGAGGGAGUACAAUGCGAUUCGAGUCAAUAUCAAGCCCGUGGCCGUCGAUUGGUGCAAACAGAUGGCGACGCAGACCAUCCACCGGUUGCUUAGCAACGAGUACGGCGUGGUCGUGAGCGGUAAAGAGUCGGUUCGAGAAGCGCUCGUGUGCCGAUUGGCUACGAGCCGCUGGCUCGUCGACGACGACAAGUGCAAACCGCACAAAAUCGUGCUGGACUUUGUCGCAGAGAACGUUCACAAACGGCACGGGAUCGCCGUGGCGUUGCUCUACCACGAAUACACAACUUCCUUGUACGAAACCAUGGACAGCCCAUCAUCACGUGGUCCGCCGCCGCCGCCGCCUCGCGUGUACCUCCAUCUUGUCUCCCUAGUGUGCAAUCUCGUCCGCACAAAGUUGGACCCGCAGAUCGCGGCCGACAAGAAGCUGUUUUACACCAUCUUGGGUCACAUUCCGAGCUUGUCGCCAGAUGUCCUGAAAUUGCUGUCGUUGCAAUUCCACAACCCGAAUGACAAGGACAGAGUGACCAUGGGCGUGGUGGCCCUUCGCAACUUUAUCACAGAGCGCACCACCGGCCAAGAAGCGUGUCUGCAUGUGCUGCUGCACUAUGCUACGCACGCUGAAGAAAGCAUCCGAAACCCCACGAUUCGAUGCCUUGCCAACCAGAUCUACCCCCUUCCCAACCUCCAACACAUCAUUGAAGCCCACGCGAUUCAGCUCAUGCAAUCGCUGUGCCUUCCACCCGACGACGCCAGUCUCGAACCCGCCCACAAUGACCAUGCCAAUGCCGACGCCGACAAUGUGGACAUGGGUCCGGACACUUUGAUCAAGCCCGAGCAGCAUCCUCCGCCGUCGAAUGACGUCAAUAUCAAGCUGGAACAAGAUGACCGAGCGCUGGACCGCCACCUUCCCGCGAGUUCGGCAGGCAUCGUGCCGUCGUCCCCUCGACGGUCGUACUACUUGGAUCAAAUCCAGUCGCCAGACAUGCAUGACCUGUUGAUGGCACAUGCCAAGUCCCUCCAGGACGAGCACGACUUUGCGAGGUGCCCCGAGACCGAAGACCAAGUGCUGCAGCGCAUGGAGCUGUUUCUGGGGCUGUGUGCCAAGCGGCCAGACUUGUUUGCUCGAUUUGUAACGACGUACGCUGCCACGUCCCCCCAAGUCCAGCACGUGCUGCUUGUGUCUGUGGACAAGCUGAUCAAGCUGCUGCGGCAGAAAGAAGGCGAGGCGGUCGUGCUGGCCCAACUGGCGGCGUUUCCCCCAAACGCACUCGACUUUGUGUGCCACGUGGUCAAGGUGCUCGCGGGGCUGUCGAAAGAUCCGUCGACCCUCGUGGAGCCCCUCGUUCAAUUGUACCUCGACCACAAACACGCGAUUCCGGACGCCGUGUCGGUGCUCGUGCCCGUCGCGUCCGACUUGGCGUCCGACCGCGUCAUGGAGAUCCUUCCGGCACUGUUUGACCUGCCGUUGCCACGACUGGUCGAAGUCAUGCACGAGCUGCUUAAACCUAUCCCGCUCAAAGUGGAUGCGACAGCGUUCCUCUUGGCGCUGCACCACAUCCCAGACGAACACGAAAAACAGAAGCGCAUCCUUCGAGCGAUCGGCAUCUGCCUCGAGCACCCCGUGGCCUUUCCCGUCGACGUCAUGACGGCCGUCACGUCGACGCUUGUGGGCGAGUCCCCCGUCCCAAAGUACACGCUGCGCACGAUGAUCCAAGCCGUGCAGAUGCACCACAAGCUCCGAAAGCAUACGGCCACGUGCUUGGAAACCCUCCGGGGGCGGCAGGUGUGGACGAUGGACGAGUCGGUCUGGAUUGGAUGGAUCAAGUGCGCCGUGGUGGUGCAGCCACAUUCUUUCAAGGCGAUUGCAGAGCUACCUGUGGCCCAAGGCCGGCAAGUGUUGGAAUCGGACGACGGCAAAGACCUAGUGGACCAGUUCAAGCUCUUUUGUAAAGACUUGACCAACCUGUCCCACGACUGGCGCGCCUACUUGAAGCUCAAGAACGACCCAGACAGUGAAUUACAAGUGGUUCUCAACGAUGUCGCAUCUGCCAACGAUGGCGCACAACCAACCACGACGACAGAAGACGACGACAACGAUAUGGAUGUACUCAACAGCCUCGUGCAUGCUGCGUCUUAAAACAGCAAUAUAAUCCAUCGCCCCCUCCCCCCC